AUGGACCCUUUGAAGGGAUUGGAGGAAUCGUCCACGGACGACGACGCAGCCUCACAAACAACAGAAGAUGAUCCACAAGUGCCGGAAAGACAAGAGCCUCCUCCGCCUCCGCCCCCGGCGGCACCCCCGCCGUCAAGUGGUCGCGAAAAACCGCAUUACGAACUACGUCAUACAAUGCGCGGGCAUACUUCCUCAAUAUCAGCUGUAAAAUUUAGCCCAGACGGUACCCUCCUUGCUUCAUGCAGCAAUGAUCGUAUUGUCAAGAUCUGGUCGCCGGUCACGGGCGAACUCAUCAGAAAUUUAAGUGGCCAUACGAAAGGUCUCUCUGACAUUGCCUGGUCUUCAGACAGUGUGUAUCUGGCAUCUGCAUCUGAUGACCAUACUAUUCGAAUAUGGGACGUUGAUACGGGUUUGACGUCCCGGACACUAAAAGGACACGCUAGUUUUGUGUUCUGUGUCAACUACAAUACCACAUCGACCCUACUCGUGUCGGGGGGUUGUGAGGGUGAUGUCCGUAUCUGGAAUGUUGCAAAAGGGAAAACCAUUAAGACAAUUCACGCUCAUCUUGAUUAUGUGACUGCUGUACACUUCAACAGAGAUGCUAGCUUGAUUGUCUCUUGCGCACUUGACGGGUUGAUUGUCACAGGUGGCAAGUGGAUAGUGUCUGGAAGUGAAGAUAACAAGGUGUAUCUUUGGGACCUGCAAAGUCGAGAAGUUGUUCAAGUACUUGAAGGCCAUUCUGAUGUCGUUGUUGCGGUUGCUGUAAUUGACCUAUAUUAUCCUUUGCACCCGAAAGUCUAA